CCAACCUCCUUUUGUCACCAGUGAGUCAAAACAUCGUUCGUUUGAUUUUGUUUACCUGGAUGCCGAAACAACCAAUCAAAGAGUGCACAGAGAGGACACGAUAGAAAUAGGCUGGCACUAUUUAAUCGAUCUUCCGCUCAGAUUAUGGCUGAACCAGGUAACAUACAGAAAAAUUCUUCGUUGAAUGGAAUUCGAAUGGAUUGCUUAGCGCAAUUGGAUUCUUCGUCCGAAGAGGAAGGAUACGUAUCGCCUUAUUGUUGCUCAAGUGAUGAAGAACAUGACCAAUGUCACCGCAGGUUACUGGACGAAUUGCCUGCUUUUUCCACCCAAUCGCUAUCGCCUUCAGGAAGAUCUUUGUCGCCGAUUGAUUUAGAUACAUCGCCUCCGAGACGUUCAAUGAGUUCUACCUUCUACGGUACACCAUUUGACAGUCCCAGCCAGUUAGCGACGGGAAGCGAUUUUGUGACGUUGGAAGAAAUUCACGCCCGUAUUGGAAUGACUCCGCCAGCGGAUGCCGACCGAAGCCGUUCAAGAAAUUUGGAGACGAUAUUUGAGGACAAAUUUCUGGAGACUCCUCCUAGCAAGGAAUUCGAAGCACGGAAUAAUCAGAACCUUCUACGUCGAUCAGUGCGAAAUCGGGUACUACUCGGCGUCUCGAAUGGGAGCUGGACAAACGAAAAAACAUCUCCAUCCGUCGUUGGUGGUUUAAACAAUCAGUUCGAUGGUAAGCGUAGAUUAUCUUUGGACUAGGAUUUGCGAUAAGAUUAGAUAGAUCUAAUAUUUUCCACUUAGUUUAUAAGUGCCUUUUUGUCCGGAAGUAAAUUGGAGGACUUUUUUUUAAAUAAAAGAUGAAU